CUUCACCUCACAACCAACCCGAUUAAGGCGGACAUCUCGUUGCUGCAACAUCAGCAGUCUUACUAUACCCUGAUUCCGGUGGCAUCAUAUGCCCCGGAUGUACUCGCCAAUGCAGCAGGGCAGACUGCUUUGGUCUAGACCCUGCCGAUUUGUCGCGCGUCGCCGAUAUCCCGCCGUCACCGUAUCCCCUUUACGUCGCUUUCAUCUCUCCCAGGGGUACUUGUCCUCGAUACCCUCUGACCCUCACGAUUCCCGAGAUUCGGCCCCCGAAAAUACCAGCAGCGAUAUUUCCGCCCUCAAUGGCGAGCAGGCCCUCCCCGAACACAACUCUCCCUUCGUCGAGACCCCAGCGGAUCGAUCUACGAAAAAGGAAUCCAACCCCUAUGGCUCAGGGGUUCGCAGGGCACUCAGAAACAAAAGGCGCUCUAGGGAUACCGUUUCUCCCACAGUCACAGUCCCGGAGUGGUUUCGUGAGCGCAAUACUGUGCUCAAUGAUUCGGACGGCCAGGUUGCGGUAGAGUCGCAACAGCAAGUGGAUAUCUGCACGGCCGCGCGGGACACAGAUCAACCAACAGCUGAGGGACUUGCCUCGGGUGGUAGUGGAGAGGAGCCGCCUGCAUCUGAUGAGAAUACCCAACCAGAGAAUCGGUACGCGUUGAGGGAAGCUUUAUGGGAGGAGCUGCGCGCCUCUGCUAGGGCCGGUCUACGGCUCCCUCCUGCAAAAUAUGCUACGGAGCCCUCUGCACGCAAGUCGCAUCUUGUCCUGCAAUAUCCUGGAACUGAUGGCAUCCUGUUCUUGGAUGCGGUAAUAAAGAGACUUGCCCAGGAUCUCGGUGCUGAUCUGGUGACUCUCAACGCUCAGGAUAUUGCCCAACUCUGCGUUGAACAAGAUUUGGCGGAUACUGGUAGAUCCUCUCCCAUUCGGUUACUAGGCUACGAGGUGUACCGACCCUCAGUAUCGGAGUCCUGGCAAGAGUCGGGGGACGGCAUGAAUGAGGAAGACGACGCAGACGCAGACCUUAUUGAUACGUCGGGGCCACCACGGGCCGUUCGUUCUGGCAUCAGGAGUCCAAAGUUUAUUACCAUUGAAAGUUCUCGGGAUUCUGGGGAUAUUCCCAUUCCAAACUUGUUCGGUCUCAAGUCAUUAGUAGCGGCAAUCAAUGUCCCAGGCGAUAAUUCACUCAAUGCUGGAUCCUCGCAAGCUUCCUUCGACAGGGUAGAGGAACGGCGACUGCAGCUCAUGCAUGAGCUCAUUUCGUCGCCCAGCAAGCCCCAACCGCAAACGACCACAACUGUCCCCGCCGACCAAGAACCAACUUCUGAUAGCCCCGAAGGCUCUCGGCCUGAACAGGUUCGUGAUGUUAUUGUGCAAGUUCAGGACUACGGGGAGAUUCAGAGCACGCGCGAAGGCUCCAAGUUCAUUAAUUUGCUGCAAAAAGUCAUUCAGGACCGGAGAAAGGCUGGAAACCGGGUCUUGUUCAUCGGAACGUCGGCCCAAGAUAUCUCUCCAGAUACGGAUUCCUCAAGGUUAUUACAAAAUGCAUUUGACGAUCAGUUUUCUCAGAUGGUUGUUGUGACACCCGCAAUGAACUCCGAGAUUGCGGACAAGACAUUUGCCGAAGACCGAGGGAGGCGCACACUAGAUAUCAACAUCCGCCAUAUCCAGAGCAUGCUCCGGACAAGACUUGAUGAAAGCUCUUCGGCAGUGAAGGAUGAUAUUCUUCAGAACCGUUCCUGGCCCCUAGAGUCCUCUCUCUUAAAGGAGUCUGGUCUUGAUGAACGGUAUUGGUCCUAUAGCCAAGUUCAUUGGGCAGUGACCCUUGCUCUUGGGAAUCUCCAUACAGAUGAGUCCUUUGGUUUCGAGCAUAUUAAGCGAGGAAUUGAGAUGAUGCAAAAAACAGACUUUGCACGGAAGGAGUGGUUGCAGGAGCGGACCCCCAAAGCGAAGCCCAUAGAAACGGAGAAUAACAGAGAGCGGCUCCUUGCGUCUCUCCGCAAAACCUGCAAUGCACAUGAAAAGAAAUUGCUAAACGGCGUUGUUGAUGCCAACAGUAUUCGCACUACGUUCGCGGACGUUCACGUCCCUCCAGAGACCAUUGACGCACUGAAGACUCUUACUUCUCUUUCCCUCAUUCGACCCGAAGCUUUUACAUAUGGUGUUCUAGCCACCGACAAAAUCCCUGGCCUGCUUCUUUACGGACCUCCCGGUACUGGUAAGACCCUGCUUGCCAAGGCGGUAGCUCGUGAGAGUGGUGCUACCGUCCUCGAAGUUAGUGGGUCUGAAGUCUAUGAUAUGUAUGUUGGGGAGGGGGAGAAGAACGUCAAGGCAAUUUUUACCUUGGCCCAGAAGCUAAACCCCUGCGUCGUCUUUAUUGAUGAAGCGGACGCUAUCUUUUGCUCCCGUACCGGAGCCAGCAGUCGCACGUCCCAUCGCGAGCUGAUCAAUCAAUUCCUCCGAGAAUGGGACGGAAUGAAUAACCUUUCUACGUUUAUCAUGGUUGCGACCAACCGGCCUUUUGACCUAGACGACGCGGUGCUUCGUCGUCUUCCUAGGCGAUUACUUGUUGACCUCCCCACCGAGCAAGACCGUUUGGCCAUCCUCAAGAUUCAUUUGAAAGAUGAAACCUUGGAUGGCUCAGUAGACCUUGCAGAAUUAGCGCGCCGUACACCUUUGUAUUCCGGUUCAGAUCUGAAGAACAUGUGUGUUGCAGCCGCCUUGGCCUGCGUUCGGGAGGAAAACGCAUUGGCGGCACAACAUGAUAUGAGGGACGGCGCAUACCAGUAUCCCACGCGACGCACCCUGACCUGGCAACACUUCACCCGGGGAAUGGAAGAAAUUAGCGCCUCCAUCAGCGAAGACAUGUCGUCUCUCUCCGCAAUCCGCAAGUUUGACGAGCAGUACGGAGACCGCAAAGGCCGACGCAAAAAGAGCCCUGGAUGGGGAUUUACGACUCCUGGCAUGAACGAAGCCGGACCAGACGCAGCUCGUGUGCGAACCUGAGACUGACUGACUGCUUUCCAUUUCAGAGAAUGAUGUUUGAUAGCGCGAUAUUUCCCUCCAAAUAGAGUGUUAGACUGGGUUAUGCCGGGAGACUUGGGGUUUUUGUAUCGUGCGAUGACCUCUGUACCACCACCGAUAUUUUUUGUUCUUCCCCCUUAUUAGCGACGAUCCGAGAUGUACCAACAGUUAGAUCAAAACGAAGUAUAUAUUAUUUGAA